ACCUGCGCUAAGGUACAGUUAGCUUCAGUACGUUAUACAUACAUAUUGCUUUUUUUAUUCAAUUUUCGAGGUCUUAUUGUUCAUUAACAUGAAUUCGUAUCACACUUUGGAACUGGUGGGAGAAGGUUCAUUUGGUCGAGUUCAUAAAGGAAUCACCAAAUUUACAGGACAAGUGGUGGCUCUGAAGUUCAUUCCAAAGAUGGGACGCUCAAAGAAAGAGCUGCAAAGUCUCAAGAAGGAAAUUGACAUCAUGAGUAACCUUGAACAUCCAAACAUUGUGAAACUUUUUGACAGCUUUGAAACUGAAACAGAGGUAGUUGUUGUGACCGAGUAUGCCGAAGGUCAAUUGUUCCAGAUUAUUGAAGAUGAUGGGAGUUUACCAGAAUGUCAGGUUUGUGAGAUUGCCUGCCAGCUCGUCUCAGCUCUAUAUUAUUUGCACUCCCGCCGUAUUCUUCAUCGAGAUAUGAAGCCACAAAAUAUCCUCUUUGAUAAAAAUGGUGUGGUGAAACUUUGCGACUUUGGAUUUGCACGAGCAAUGAGUGUCUCUACCAUGGUGCUGACGUCUAUUAAGGGAACACCACUGUACAUGUCCCCUGAGUUAGUGGCAGAGAAGCCUUAUGAUCACACUGCUGACCUCUGGUCUCUGGGUUGCAUUCUUUAUGAACUCCACACAGGGGCGCCUCCAUUCUACACUAAUUCAAUUUUCCACUUGGUGCAGCUCAUUGUCAAAGACCCCAUUAAAUGGCCUGACACUAUGAGCAGCACAUGCAUGAGUUUUCUGAAAGGUUUGUUGACCAAAGACCCUCAGAAGCGACUGUCAUGGCCAGACCUCCUGCACCAUCCUUUUGUUGCUGAUGGUGUUCAAGUGAUUCCAGACACGGAUGUUUUCAGUCCUCUGACUGUCACACCUGACCCAGACAUGUUGGCGCUGAAACUUAAACAAAUGGCAGAAAAGACAUCCCUAAACUCCGGGGAGAGCAGAAUAUUGAGAACGUUUAAAGAACAGAGAAGCAAAAGUAGCACCAAGAAAGCAACUGAAUGUGCUAAAGAUAUGAUGGAUGAACUGAGAAGUGAAAAAGGCAAUCCUGCAUUGACUGUAGCGCCCCCUAGAGAUACAUAUUCAGCUCCAACUCCGUGGACUUUGACAGUCCCUCCAAGUACAUGUCUGAAGAAUCAUGCUGCUGUGAGAUCAAAUCUAGAAAACAGGGGUCCUAUCAGUCAGGACUACGAACGAGAGUUCCCUUCAGUAGAGGUCGGGCCACGACUAAACCGGAGGACACUCAGUUAUGACAUUAUAACGGAACUAGAAAUAUUUUCAGACAGCGACAGUGAGGAAUUCUGGGAGAAGCUUGUUGAGGAGUUAGAAUCAAGCCAACACAAGAAAGACCCAUUAGACUACAACACCAUUAUUGUUAAACUGAAAAACACAAUUGUGCUGUUUAAACAACAGUUAGGUGAAGGUGUCCUGAAAAACAUGCAGUCCAUUCACCUUCCAUUGAGGGCCCUUGAGAGCCUGCUUCUAAACUCUGACCAUACCAUGAGGAACCACAUUGGUAGGGAACUUGGAUUGCCAUGUGUCCUUAUUGACUUGGUGCAUAACUCUGUGGAGAAUCCAUAUUUUGUUGAGCAACCGUGGGGCCUGCAAUCAGUCGGCCAAAUGAUUGUCGUUCUGCUGAUAUACUGCGACAAGAACAAUGACAGCUUGAGAGCGGAAAAUGGACCUGAACAAUUCAUCAAUCCCUUCAUGACGAUUCUUAAUCAAGCAGACCUCUACCCCUUAGCCCCUCUUGCUGCAAGCAUAUUAUCGGUGCUUACUCAACAAAACUUUCCGGUUAAGGCUGACUUGAAUGGUCUUACUUCCUUGCUGAAAGAAUUGGUGUCUGGUUCACGUAAGGUCCAACUUCCACUUCCACCUGGCUGGGGACUCUGUGAUGGCCUCCUGUCUUUACUACUACACACUCUCACUGAGAAUGAUGAUGACGACAUCCCAUUAUGUUGGGAUCCACGCGUGUGUCAUCACAUUUGGCAAGUGAUGGGCACCGCUUUGACAAGGACAAAUGCAUACGUGGACCUCUGUUCAACAAAUGGACUGCAUUAUCUUAUGUCUGUGACAUUGUUCCUCUUCUCCAAGGAUCCCUAUUCAUAUAUUUCACUGUUUUGUGAGAGUCAGUCAACAUUUUUACACACUCUUGGCUGGCUGUUGAGCUCUGAAUGUUCUUUAUUCACUGACGGCCAUUCAGGUACGUUUGAGAAAAGUUUGAGCCACGAGAGCUUUAUCCAGUUUAGUUGCCACUUCCUGUGCCUUCCAUUUGCUUUGGAUUUGAAUUCUGAGACUACUUCGAGGAUAUUGCAAUUGUAUGACAGCUGUGGUGUUGUUCAGGGGCUUCUGCAGGUGAUUCAAACUCUUCCUUUUUCAUUAGUGGAGCUGCCACUGUCACUUCUACGGCGCUUGUUGCUCCAAGACCGUCAGCGCUUUGUUUCCCACUACUGCAAAGCUGCUCGGGGUUUUUUUGCGCCAGCACUGCCUCCAUCGGUUCAGCAGACAAGGACCAGAACCGUCAGUUGUUUGCUGUGUGAUUUGCUGCUGCAGGAGGAGCUAGGCGAAACUGCUGUAGAACUCCUAUCCCUGUUAUACGUCCUAACCCGAUUUUGGCCUCACUCUGGCCAUCUCCAACUUCAUCUUGAACCGACCGUUUUGCGCCAGGCGCUUGCUCACUCUUAUGACCCCAUCAGGGCCGCCACAUGCAAAGUUCUAGGAAAUUUGUAUCCAUUCAAAUCUCCAAAUAUGCCUGAUUUGCAGCUUAGCAUUUUUAAAAGAAUGAUAAACCUUCUUGAAGAUUCUAAUUCGCAUGUGCGGCGGGCAGCUUGCUUGUCAGUUGGCAAAUGGUUGGGUUAUAUUGCAUUUGAGUUUAACACGGCAAGGCCCAAUGAACGUGUAGGGAACAUUACAGAGUGGUUGAAAGUGAAGGACAAUGAUGCACACGAGGGUUCAAGCAGGGAGACAAAAGAGAGCAAUUUAAGGAAAGGCGAGAUGAGUCAGUGGUUAGAAGAAGCCAGGAUGACGGCGGCCACGCUGGCAUCACUCACCUUGAACCCUGAUGCCCACACGCGCCUCCACGCCUGUGCAGCUCUAGGAAAUCUGCUACAUGUUCAGGGUGCCAUACCCCAGCUGCUGGAUAAAAGUGUGUCCAGAUUACUAUUGAGAGCUGCAUGCACAGAUUCUUACAGUGUUGUGAGAGAAGCCGCCAUUGCAACUUUAAGCUUGUACACGCAGCAGGACGCAAUACGACAGGUCUUAGAAUCACUGGAUGCCAGAGGCAAACUACUUCAGGCCCAGCAGGCUCCUCUGCAAUGUGACUAUCUCCCUCUUAUUAGACUGCUCGAAACAGAUAAGACUGGUACAAAUUAAUUGUACAUUUUGUGAUAUUAGUAAAUUAAUUCAUGUCUAACUGAAAAUAAGCAUAUCGCCGCAUGUUUUUGAAACUUAUGCAUGCACUGAUUAAGCUUUUUUUUAAUGAUACAAUAUACCGUAAUCAUGAUCUUAUACUAAAUGGCUGUCUGAAUUUUGAUAACAGAAUAACUAAAUAUAGCCAAGGCCUAAAAUU